AUGUUUAGAGGCUGUCCUUUCGGGUUAAACCCAUUUCAUCCAAAUUCCAAAGGGAGAGCACGUUCCCAAAAUAUCCACACAUUAACUGCUCCUUUGGAUGAAUUACGCAACGUCGACAAGCUCGAUGAUGAAUGGACAGAUGAGCACACUGAUGCUUUUAUUGCUAUACAAAAGAUCUUGACGAACACCCCGAUUCUACGCUAUCCCAAUAUGGCGUAUCCUUUCUCGUGGCCACUGACGCCUCGAAUGCGGGUAUCGGUGCGGUGUUGUAUCAGGUUAUUGAUGGUGAAACUCGGCACAUUUCUUUCAUGGCUCGUGCACUGUCGAAAUCUGAACGUAACUAUUCAACUACAAACCGAGAAUUGCUUGCAGUGGUAUACGCAUUGGAAAAAUUCCACGACCUACCUGUGGGGCAAUACCCUCUAUACGGAUCACAGAGCACUUUACCUAUUUGCACACCCAAAGAGUUGCUACACGCGUAUCGAUGAUCGGCUGGUUGAUCACAUCCUCGAGUACAAGUUUGAUGUCGUGCAUUUGCCAGGCUUGGAUAACAUCUUGCCUGAUCAGCUGUCUCGCCUUUUUCCCACGGCAAAAGAGCUGAGGGGGGUGAUGAUAACGACGAUAUUGUCGUAA